UUUCAGGAAGCUGUUUCUCUAGGAAUUGCUAGUGCUGGCCUGGAAGUUGUUCAAUAUGGAUUAGCUUCAACACCAGCAAUGUUUAAUAGCACACUUACUGAAGGCGAACAGUUUUUGUGUCCUGCAGAUGGAUCCAUUAUGAUAACCGCUAGUCAUCUUCCUUACAACAGGAAUGGAUUCAAAUUCUUCACAAAUGCUGGAGGGCUUGGAAAAGCUGACAUUAAAGACAUCUUGGAGCGGGCUGCAAGUAUAUACAGUAAUUUUGCAGUUGAAGGUCUGGUAGAUUCCGAAAGGAAGGCUUCCGUAUCGAUAAAGAGAGUUGAUUACAUGGCUCUUUAUACGUCUUACCUUGUAGAGGCAGUUCGUAGAGCUGCAGGAAAUAUAGAGAGGCCAUUGGAGGGGUUGCAUAUAGUUGUUGAUGCAGGGAAUGGAGCAGGAGGAUUUUUUGCUGGAAAGGUGCUUGAACCUCUUGGGGCUAUUACCACUGGAAGUCAGUUCUUGGAGCCAGAUGGCUUGUUUCCGAAUCAUAUUCCUAACCCGGAGGAUAAGGAAGCAAUGAAAGCCAUCACCCAGGCUGUCCUAGCAAACCAGGCUGAUCUGGGAAUUAUCUUUGAUACAGAUGUUGACAGAUCUGCUGCUGUGGAUUCCACUGGUCGAGAGUUAAAUAGGAAUCGUCUGAUUGCUUUAAUGUCCGCCAUUGUUCUUGAGAAACAUCCAGGAACAACCAUAGUCACAGAUAGUGUAACUUCAGAUGGCCUGACUACAUUCAUUGAAAAGAAACUUGGAGGAAAGCACCACCGGUUCAAAAGGGGCUAUAAAAAUGUCAUUGAUGAAGCUAUCCGCUUGAAUUCUGUUGGUGAGGAGUCACAUCUGGCUAUUGAGACUAGUGGCCAUGGAGCUCUCAAGGAGAAUCACUGGCUUGAUGAUGGUGCAUACCUCAUGGUCAAGCUCUUAAACAAACUUGCUUCAGCUAGAGCGUCUGGAAUACGUGGUGGCAGCGAAGUAUUGACUGAUCUGGUAGAGGGUCUUCAGGAACCAGCUGUUGCAGUCGAACUGAGGCUAAAGAUUGAUAAGAGCCAUGAAGAUCUUAAAGGAGGAUCUUUCCGAGAAUAUGGAGAGGCAGUGCUGAAACUCCUGGAGAAUUUGACUGAUUCAGAUCCUAAGCUACAGAAAGCCCCAGUUAACUAUGAAGGAGUUCGAGCUUCUGGCUUUGGGGGAUGGUUCCUUCUAAGACUCUCCCUUCAUGACCCUGUUCUUCCCCUUAACAUUGAGGCACCAAGCCAUGAUGAUGCUGUGAAACUUGGACUUGCUGUUCUCACUGUUGUUAAAGAGUUUCCUGCUCUGGAUUCAUCCGCCUUAGACAAGUUUGUCCAAUCAUCAUAAUCAGGGCCAUGAUGAUGCUGUGAAACUGGUGCUUGCCAUUCUUGCUGCUGUUAAAGAGUUUCCAGCUUUGGUUACAUCUGCCUUAGACAAGUUUGUCCGAGUAUCAUAUGCAUAAGCUGGAGAUUACCCUGUGCAUUUCUAUCUCAAAUUUGAGGAACACUUAACUUUUGUACUUAGACUGAUCUGCAACUCUUAACUUUGAGUAAUUAAGAGUUUCUGAGAAGUUUUAGCUUCUCACAAACUCUAGUUUUGUGGUGGGACUUGGAUAUGACUUAUCUCGAUGUGAUGAUUGUAUACGUCAAGAGUUACAAAUUUGGUAACAUUACCUACCACAGUUGCCCAUGAAUUAUGCUGCAAUUUUGGUAUGAUGAUCAAUAUGUUGCAAUGACUGCUUCCUUCGUGUACCCAGAUUUAUAAAUGCACCACCAAUUUCUUGUUUUGGAUUCUUA